GAUUGGCUGGAAAGAGCAGACAGCAAGUGUGACUGCGCACCGGGUGUGUGGACGCCGCUUUGUUGCCUGAGGGGGGUGGCGGUGGAAGUUAAGGGGGUCAGAGGCGAGCGCUGCUCAGGACCCGCGAUCGCCGUCGCUGCAAUCACGUCGCCCGGUAGCCUUCCGCGUGGGAAUCGCACCGACAGCAGCCAUGAGCGGCGGCGUGUACGGCGGAGAUGAAGUUGGAGCCCUUGUUUUUGACAUUGGAUCCUAUACUGUGAGAGCUGGUUAUGCUGGUGAGGACUGUCCCAAGGUGGAUUUUCCCACAGCUAUUGGCAUGGUGGUAGAAAGAGAUGAUGGAAGCACACUGAUGGAAAUAGAUGGUGAUAAAGGCAAACAAGGCGGUCCCACUUAUUACAUAGAUACUAAUGCCCUGCGUGUUCCCAGGGAGAAUAUGGAGGCCAUUUCUCCACUGAAAAAUGGGAUGGUUGAAGACUGGGAGAGCUUCCAAGCUAUUUUGGAUCAUACCUACAAAAUGCAUGUCAAAUCAGAACCCAGCCUGCAUCCUGUCCUCAUGUCAGAAGCUCCGGUAAGAAGAACAAGACUUUCUUUUCUAAUUUUUUCUCAUUUUCCAGCCCCCCCUUACUUUCCCUUAAUGCUUUAAACUAGAUUUGCUAAUGGGCGUUCGACUGGGCUUAUUUUGGACAGUGGAGCCACUCACACCACUGCAAUUCCCGUGCACGAUGGCUAUGUCCUUCAGCAAGGCAUUGUGAAAUCCCCUCUCGCUGGAGACUUCAUUACCAUGCAAUGCAGAGAGCUCUUCCAGGAAAUGAAUAUAGAACUGAUUCCUCCAUAUAUGAUUGCAUCAAAAGAACCUGUGCGCGAAGGAUCACCAGCAAACUGGAAAAGGAAAGAGAAGUUGCCGCAGGUCACAAGGUCUUGGCACAAUUAUAUGUGUAACUGUGUUAUCCAGGAUUUUCAAGCUUCAGUACUUCAAGUAUCAGAUUCAACUUAUGAUGAACAAGUAGCUGCACAGAUGCCAACUGUUCAUUAUGAAUUCCCCAAUGGCUAUAACUGUGAUUUUGGAGCAGAACGGUUAAAGAUUCCUGAAGGAUUAUUUGACCCUUCCAAUGUAAAGGGAUUAUCAGGAAAUACAAUGCUGGGAGUCAGUCACGUGGUCACUACAAGUGUUGGAAUGUGCGAUAUUGAUAUCAGACCAGGUCUCUAUGGAAGUGUCAUAGUGGCAGGAGGAAACACGCUAAUACAGAGCUUUACUGACAGAUUGAAUAGAGAACUCUCUCAGAAAACUCCCCCAAGUAUGCGGUUAAAAUUGAUUGCAAAUAAUACAACAGUGGAGCGGAGGUUUAGUUCAUGGAUUGGUGGCUCUAUUUUAGCUUCUCUGGGCACCUUUCAACAGAUGUGGAUUUCCAAACAAGAAUAUGAAGAAGGAGGGAAGCAGUGUGUAGAAAGGAAAUGCCCUUGAAAAGUGUUCCCACACCUCCACCUUCCUGUCACCUUACGUUUCAUAGCUUUAGUACACUCAGGAAAAGAAUGACCAUCUUUUGUAGAAUGUUUAUACAUUUUUGCAUAUUUCAAUUUCCACUUAAAAUUUUCAAGGCUUUAACUGGCUCUAUAAACUAAAAUAAGUUUGUGCUUUCCUUGGGAUGCACUUAUUCUUAUUAUAAGCAUUUUAUAAUUUUAUAUAAAUGUCUAUUUUCUCUAAAUAUUUUGCUUUCAGUCAAAUGCUUUCCAACUCUGCUUAGUAUUAAUUACCAGUGGAUUGAUAGAAUUGCUUUUUAUUGAUGAGUAAAACGUAUUGCCUAUGCUUUUUACCUUAAUAAAAAUUGCUAGCCAUCGAGAAACA